GGGUUGGGUAAGAUAUAAUAGAGGCCGAGGGUAGUGCGUAGACCAAAUCUGAAAGGGAGAAAAACGCCGAGCAGACAGAGGUAGAGUCAGUAGAGAGACGCAAGGAGAAGAGGAUGGGAAAGAGGCUUGGACCAACAGGGGAAUUCUUCAAGAGGAGGGACGAGUGGAGGAAGCAUCCGAUGCUUAGCAAUCAACUGCGACACGCCGCUCCAGGGCUGGGCAUCGCCCUCGUGGCCUUUGGCAUUUACUUGGUUGGAGAGCAGGUCUACAACAAGAUUUAUGCUCCUUCACCCUCUCAUCAUCAACAACAACAACACUCUCUAUCUCAAUCUCAUUGAGAUCAGGUAGAUGCUCAGUGGAAGAAGAAAGUUCGGACAUCCUUAUGUUUCAAUUUCCCUCCUGUAGUUUGCUGUAAUAAGCUCCUUACUGACAUAAAAUGGACUUGCUUUAAGUUUGAAUAUUGAACAUGUAGGGGAGCUAUUCUAUAGAUGAUUUAUCUGUUUCCUUGUUGUGUUGGUAAGUUAAAAUGUGGUCAGCUUAAUGUCAUAAAGGUGUUGGUUAAAAAGAUUUUCCAUCUUUCUCUUGAA